UAGAGCGACUCCGGGCUGAGAAAAGGAGAGACUGAGACUGAGAGAGGCAGAGGGAGAAAGUGAGCGAGCCAAAAUACAUUCAGACUUCCAACAUCACCUAGACCACCUGCUCCAGCACAACAAGGGGAGGAGGACGCACAAGUGCAGGCGCGUCCAUGCGUGCCAGCCGAACAAGACAAUAAGCGGGCAAAGGACCACAAAUCCAAAAUUGGAAUAAGAGUUUAUCUUGAGAACUCUUUGGAAGAGAGCACAGCUUUGCUACAAGAACAAGACUGCCUAGAUGAGUACAUGGUAAGAAGAGCCAUGCAUCUCAACAGAGAAGAAGAUAACAGCAAAGGCUCAGUGUCUCUCAGUGUAUUCCUGGUGUCCGUUGCAUUUGUAGUAUGUGCUGUUUGGCUGGUAGCUCUAUGUGGCAUCUGCACCUGGUGUCAACGUAAACUGGGGAAGAGGAAUAAGCCUGGGGUGGAGGCUGCCAGCUCUCCAGAUUCUGUGAGAGGUCGAGGGGAAAAUAAAGCCAUCAAUGAUCUAGACAGAGACUUUUGGAAUAACAAUGACAGCAGCAACGUGCAACAGAGGUGGAGCUCCUACCCGCCCAAGGAGUUCCUCUUAAACAUGUCUCCCUAUGCUCCCUACGGAGACCCUCGCCUCACGCCCAAUGGGGCCGUGGAUAAGGGUGGGCAGGGUGGUGCUGGACCCUCGCCGGGGGCCAGUGACAGCGGGGGUGGUGCUUGCUCUGGGACAGGGGCGGGGCCCAGUCGCAGUGACAGCGUUCGAAGCAUGGUGACGGGGGGCAGCAAGGCCGGGCGCUGGCAGACGGUCCAGAGCCACAUGCAUGCCGGAGGCCUGCGGUUUGGCAAUUUCGGGGACGCUUCCCUCUCGUCUGCUUCCACCCUGGAGCACAUCCCGUCCUCAGCCGUGGCGCGCCCUCGGCCCCUGGUCCGGCAGCAGAGCCUCCAACAGCCUCUCACUCACCAGCCCCCUCCGGGUCCUAACGACCCCCCAGUCACCUCACAAAGCCUGGGCCAGCUGCACACAGGCCCAGGCGGCGGGGGCCACCGUGGGGGCCCGCGUGGGGUCCGGGGGAGUCCGGCUGGAGCCUCCCGGUACAGAGGAGCAGGGGCAGGCCGAUCAAGGUCAAAUCCUGGCAGCUGGGAUCACAUGGUGGAGCAGAUCCGCAACAGAGGGCUGGACGUCAAGUCGUUCUUUGAGGGGAAGAUGGUUGUUCUGUCUCUAGCAAUCGGGCUGGCUGAACAGGAUGACUUUGCCAACCUCCCAGAUCUACAGGAAGCACCAGCAAGCAAAGAAAACGACACCACACCAGAAAAGAGGACUCCGGGUAACAAACCAGGCAGCAGCCCCAGAGGUCAGACCCCAGACGAGACCGGACGCCGCCACGAUGCCAACUCCUCUGUUUCUGACUUGGCCAACUCAGUCACCAGUGACAUGCUCAUGUUGUCUCCAGGUUCGGAGGAAGAUGAUCAUGAGGGUCCAGUGUGUGAGAAGCUGGGUCGUAUUCAGUUCAGUGUUGGAUACAGUUUUCAGGACUCCACCCUCACUGUCAAAAUUCUCAAGGGCCAGGAUUUGCCUGCUAAGGACUUUUCUGGCACCUCUGAUCCGUUUGUCAAACUCUACCUGCUGCCAGACAAGAAGCACAAAUUGGAGACCAAAGUCAAGAGGAAGAAUCUAAACCCCCACUGGAAUGAGACCUUCCUGUUUGAAGGGUUCCCUUAUGAGAAGGUGGUCCAGAGGACUCUAUACCUGCAGGUUCUCGACUACGACCGCUUCAGCAGGAAUGACCCCAUAGGAGAAGUAUCCGUCCCUCUCAACAAACUGGACCUGGCCAACAUGCAGACUUUCUGGAAGGAGCUGAAACCAUGUAGCGAUGGCAGCGGGAGUCGAGGGGAUCUGCUGGUGUCUCUGUGCUACAACCCCACAGCCAACACCAUCACUGUGAGCAUCAUCAAAGCCCGCAACCUCAAAGCCAUGGACAUUGGAGGCACUUCUGACCCCUAUGUAAAAGUGUGGUUGAUGCACAAGGACAAGCGUGUGGAGAAGAAGAAGACUGUGGUAAUGAAGCGCUGUCUGAACCCUGUUUUCAACGAGUCCUUCCCCUUUGACGUGCCUGCCCACGUGCUGAGGGAGACCACCAUAAUUAUCACCGUCAUGGACAAGGACAGGCUCAGUCGCAAUGAUGUCAUUGGAAAGAUUUAUCUUUCAUGGAAGAGUGGCCCUGCAGAGGUAAAACACUGGAAAGACAUGAUGGGUCGUCCUCGUACUGCUGUGUCCCAGUGGCAUGCUCUCAAGGCCUGAGGAACCCAGCGACCAACCUGCCUACAGUGUUAUUCCCCUCAGAAUUCAGCAUCAGCCUCUCAGCCCCUGCCUUCAGCACAUAUCCCCUACUCCCUAACUGCAGUCUUGGGCUGCAGACAAUGUGUUUCAUCUCUUCGUUCUCAGGCCUCUUUGAUAUCCUCUGCCCUCAGUCUUUGUGACACCAUCCUUAAAUUUCACCCUUGUCAAGUUUUGAUUCACACCUGACCCCCUCUCAUCCCUAUGUCUGAACUUAAAUAUUCUUUAUAAUAUCUUUAAUGUCUACUCACUUCCUCCUUGUGCCCUCUUUCUACGAGAUUAGUAGAAGAAGAUACCCCUCAGCCUUUCCUGCACCUUGUCAACCAUACCCAGUGUAACAUCGGAGCAGUACCUCUUGCCACCCAUGAAUACAAACUACCAACCAAAAAUGGAUCAAACUGAUAUUCCAACCGUCCUCUGUGGUGGCAAGACAGGCUGCGUUCAUGCAUGCAGUGUGAAUGGCGCUGACCUGUGCAACCCAUUUACCACCUACAUCUGGUGUUGCAGUGAGGAAUCUUCCACUCUGCUCCUUGUGUCUUUGUUCAAGUCCUCUUCCGUUACUGUCACUAUUCCUCCAUACCCUUAAAAUGCCUGAAAAAUCAGGAAAACCGACACAGGCAAUGGAAAAGUGAUGGGCUAUGUUUAAAAUGGAAUUAGACUGGAAUUGGACUCAUUGUCACUCAACUCAUGUUUGAUCUUUUUCACUUUUCACUCUUUCUCUGGCACCACUGUAAUAAUUCUCCCUUGGCUGGAACCCUUUGUUGUCUGUGCGUGCUGUGGGUGAUGUGCUGUAACCCCAAAUGAAGUUCUUCAACAAAAAAAAGGAUAUGAACAAGAACAUUUAACACUGUCCAAUAGGGGAAAGUGUCAAAAAAAGUUCCUAUUUUCUUGGAAAAGAAAUCCCGAUGGACAGAAAAAAAGAGUAAAGUGAUUAAUGUUGUGUUUUAUUUUUUUCAUUUUCAAAAGAACUUAAAGAAUCCACAUGUUCUUCCAGACACAGAAAACAAGCAAAAAGCCAGCUUCCAUAAGUGCAGAAGUGUGGGUUAAUGUGUAUGUAUGUAUGUGUGUGUGUGUGUGUGUGUGUGUGUGUGUGUGUGAGAGAGAGUUUGUGUGUGUGAAUGUGAAUGAGGGAGUAUUUAGGACUUGCACAGCUAAAUUAAAGAUAUUGUUGAAAACAGCAUUAGCUACAUAAUAAUGGUGAAAAUAAGGUAAUGUAUUGUUAGUAUUUGUGGUGUUGAAGUUAGCUGAAGAUGUGGGGAGGUCACUAAGGUUAAAGGGUCCGUCCACCUGAAUCACAGAAAACACAUACAGUAUUUUCUAACGUACCCCUGGUAUCAAAUCAGGCAGAUAGCGAGUUUGAUUCCCUGAAAUCACUGCUGCCACCCCAAAUACAAAGGAGAUAAACAGGAUUUCAUUGUGGUGCUCAUUGCAUUUGAAGUGGCUUUUGAAAAAUUCACCAGCAGCUUGUCUUUGCAGAAACAAUGCUCUGGUUAAUCAGAUAAUCUACAAACCUCUCAGUGAAAUGGUUUUCAUGGGAAGUAGAAGAAAUCAGUGAAAACAUCUGUCCUCAACAACAUCAAUUGUUUGAGCACUACAAUCAGAAUUCCAUUUAUCUCAAUCACAUGGUGGGAAAAGUCUCAGUGGUACCAUGGAAACUAAAACUGAAACUUUCUGUAUGACUUGAUACCACUAGGGGUAAGUUGGAAAAACAUGUUAUUGUUUUAAUGACAAAAAAAAAUCUUAAUUAAAGGACCCCUUACUAGCUUUUUAGUGCUUAUGUUUUUUUUCAGCCACAUCUCACAGUUUUCCAUUGCACCAAUACGCACCAAGCCCAAGACAUGAUGUGAUGAGGCCAAAGCUACAACCUUCCCUGAGGAAGUCCAAACGAAAAUCAUUGAAAGCACGGACCACACAGUGUCACCCCAUAAUUGGUUAGUUUGGGUGCGGCGCCAUUUUGUGCAAGCCAGGAACUGAACUGUCUGUGGGGUUUUUUCCACCGUGAGAUCUUGGAUUCAACUGAGCAAACUCCGUCUGCCAAGGAGAUGCAGUCAAAAGGAAAAAGCUAGAAAGUGAACCUUGAGUUUAGAUUCUUUUUGUUAAACUACACUCAAUAUUUUGUGAUUUGGGUGAACUGACAAUUUAUGAACUCAGGCAGUAAAUGACUUUAUUUGGGUUACAGAUGGUAAUAUGUUGAGAAAUCAGAUGUAGAUGAAAUCAAUCAAUCAAAACACACUAUCUCUGUCACCCAUGUUACAAUGUGUCUAACAGCUCCAUUCAUUUGUGCAUUAAACCUGCAACAGGCAUUACAGAACACUAUAAACCUUUUCUUUUUUUCAUUUUUACAGAGCACUAUGAGUCCAAGGGCCUGAUUUCGUGUUGUUUUGGGUAUUUUUGAACAAAGUACAAGUCAGUCUUCCAGUUGUUUGCUUCACUGCCUGAAUGUGGCCUCCCCCAAGUCCCAUAUACACGUGCUGAUUGGAUGAAUGGAAACAAAUGACAGUAAUAAUAUCUGGGGGAAAGUCUUUUUACAUUCCACUGUUCGGCUUUGUCUACUGGAUGUGUGUAUGUGUGUGUGUGUUUGCACUGUGGGUGAGUGUCAAUAUUUGAACUUGUGUCCCUCUGUGUGUGUAUAUAUCUGCACUGAGUUCUAUUUUGCCAGUUUAAUACAGAACAACAUUGUUUACCGUUUUUAUUCUGUAUGAAACAAUCCAGAUGUACAAAGAAAUAUGUUUUUUUAAAAGUUGUCACUUCUUUAAGAAUCACUGCAAUUGUUGAUGACAAUGCUGGAACAAACCUCUCUUCAUAGCAGGGUUAUUUUUCCUUGUGUGGUUUAAAAGGACGUUUGGUUUGGGAGGAGACAACUCUGCUAUAUGUGAGCUUAGAGUGAAGGUCAAAGGAAAAAAUGUCACAAAGAAGCUUUACAACAACCUAUCAUGACUAUCAUACAACAGAUUUUUAGUUCAGACAGAAGCAGCUAUUCACAUUUUGUCCCAUCUGUCCUUAUCUGGUCCGAUCUGAUACACUAAGACCAGAAAAAUGAAGGGUGGCACCUUAACAUCACAGCUGACGUUCCCCCAAAACACCCCUGUUGUGCACACAUGCUUUCUGGCACAAAGUGUUCUGUGUGUGCCUUAUAAACCCUGCCACGCCUUGCUCUUCCCCAUAUGCGCUCCCUCUGUGUCGGGGGGGGGGAGGUGAGACAGGAGAUAAUCAUCACCUCUUUGCAUCACUGUUAGCCACGUCUCAGGUCAGAGCAGAGCAUCGGAGCAUCCCAAAAUAACCAGGAACACAGUCAUCUGUCUGUCCUGAUGGCCCUGUGUGUUAAACAAGGCAUUAUUUUGAGUGUUGCUGACAAAGCAUUACAUUCCAAAGGCUUAGUGAAAGUCACCUUGAUCAAUGCAGGUUAAAUAUUGGUUAAAUAACAGUCAGGGUUUGGUAAAUUAGUAUAUAGUUUUAAGAAAUCGAGCUAGUUUUGUCUGUCUACACUCUUCACUGGCCAAAUACCAUAAACUAGUAAAUUUUACUGGACAAGCUCGCAUUUCUAAUUUAGGGCAUUCUGCUUGAGACAAAGAGAGGUUAACCAGCAACAUUUUAAUUUAUAUACUGUACAAAUGAUUGUGACGUGUCCUGUAUUAAAAAAAAAUCAUCAGUAUUUACUGGGGUUGUUGAUAUCUGUCUGUCCUUGGUAUCACUCAGCCCCCUCUUUCACUCCCUUUUCUCUUUGUAGUUACACAUCUGUGGGGUGCACAAUGUUAAAUAUCAGCCAUUUAUUUUUUUGAAAUCUGUACAGUGUAUAUAAAAAUAUAAAUGUGUAUAUAAAACAAA